AGGGGGUGAGAGGCGCCAGGCAGGGCGGGGGCGGCGGAGAAGUGUUUGGCGCGAGAAACAUUACACCAUGACAUUACCGCUGACGGGUCUCUGUCAGGCUCUCAAGGUCGAUAUCUUGUAUGACGCACACCACCUCCCUUGCCUUACCUGAGGAGUACUGCCGCCCACGCAGCCUCCAGGGGCGUGCAGCGAGCUUGAGUGACGCGACCUGCAGGCAGUGGCAGCCCGGGGCAGUAGUGCGGGGGCGUCACGAGCUGGGAUGACAACCCCCCCUCAAGUGAUAAACAUGACUCGUGAAACCCGUGCUGCUUAACAAAGAAUAGUCCAGAAAAGGCGUCUUUGUUGACAUUUUGGUUUGGAAUGCCUGGAGGCCCCUUGCUUACUUUCUCACAUCCACUUUCUCUCGCUCACUGCCCCAAGGGGUGAGGCAGCAGCGUGUUGCAGGCAGCCCUGGUGUGGUGAGUGGUGAUGGAGCCACGACGCAGUGGCCGGGGCUCAACGGGAGGAGGACCAGGCGUCGCUUACAGCCUCAGGAUAGAGAAUGCUGCAGGCAUGUCUCGCAUCCCUGCAAGUCUGUCCAUUCCAUCCUCCUCUGGUCCUGCUAUCAUGAGCUCUCUGGCCUCUGACUCUCCCUGUGACACCUACUUCAAUUCCAUGGCAUCUCAGCAGAGCAGCAUGGCGCCAGACAUCCUCAACACACAGGAAAUGCGCAGUGUUGACUUGGAGCCUGUGGAAAAAAAGUGCUUCAAGCUUAUCAAUGAGAAAGAGGAGCUGCAGGUGAAGAAUGCCAAAGAGUUGCUUAGUAAGAUGGGAUGUUCCAGUGACAAGAACCUCUACAUCAAGGUGGUCUCCAUAUUUGGCAACACCGGCGAAGGAAAGUCAUACACACUGAAUGAAAUUUUCUUCAAUGGUGCUGAAGUCUUCAAGACGAGUGCCAACCAGAGUUCCUGUACCUUGGGUGUGUGGGGAGCGUACGACCCCUUCACCAAAGCGCUCGUCCUGGACACUGAGGGCAUGCUUGGCAUCAGUAACAGCUCCAAGCAGCGGAAACGCCUUCUGCUUAAGGUUCUUGCCAUUUCCGACAUCAUCAUCUACAGGACUCGGGCAGAACGACUCAAUACUGACAUGUACAAAUUUUUAGCUGAGGCCUCACGAGCAUACACCAAGUACUUCCGUGGUGACCUUGAGGCCGUGGCACGCAAGGCGGAGUGUGACUGUAUCUUUGGGCCCCCUGUCUACAUAUUCCAUGACACCCGACACACCAACGUCCUCACAGAAGAGAUGGGCCAGAAACCCGAGGAGCAGCUCAAGGAAAACUUCACCAAGCAGGACCUCAAGAUUGACGGCUUCAACAGCAUCCACUACAUUGGUGAGCGGAACAACGGAAGGGACACAGACUUCAAGAGGAUCAAGAAGGUGGUGUUUGAGGAGCUGGACAAUAUCAACGUCAGAUCACCACGUCAACCUAAAAUUAUUCUAGACAUGUUAGAUACCAUCAACAAAAAGUUCAGUGGGCAGAUACAGAGCAGCGAGCCAGCCUUCCCUGACGAGUACUUCACCUGCACCAGUGUGUGUGAGGCAUGUCAGUCCCGCUGCUGUCUCUUCAUGAACCACUACAAGCACGACAACGGCUCCAAGCACCACCAUGCUGAGCGCCAGUGUAAAUACCACCACAAAUUUGAUAAUAAGGUGUUCAUAUGCCGGAAGUGUGACUCUGAAGGGGAGCGCCGCCUGGUGGUGCCCAAGACAGCCUCCGCCAAGGACAGCACGUGGCUUGGCCUUGCUAAGUUUGCUUGGUCAGGGUACGUGUUGGAGUGUGAGAAGUGUGGCAUCAUCUACCGCAGCCGCCAGUAUUGGUAUGGCAAUGAGUCGCCAGACAGGACGGUGGUGAAGGAGGAGUACCAGCAUGUGUGGCAGGGCAGCGUCAUGGGCAGCACUGCACACGCUGGCCGACAGGUCCUGGAGGGCAUGGCAGCGCUGGGUUCGGCCAUCUCCACCAUAUCCACACCUCCAGCCAAGGUCGUCUCAGCUUGGCUCACCAACCAAGUCAACCCGACCUACUGGAAGCCAAACCAUCUGUGCACUCACUGUAAGAUCUGCCAGGUGGGAUUGGACACCAUCCACCACUGCCGCAAGUGUGGAGACGGUUUCUGUGAUCCUUGCUCUGAUGACAAGAUGCCGGUGCCUGAGCUGGGCUGGGGGGAGGAGCCAGUCAGAGUGUGCAAGAACUGCUACAAGGCCAGAAAUAGUGAGACAGGACAGGUUGAGGAUUAUGAGUGGUCGAGUGAUGCACAGACGGUGCGCGCCCGGCAGGUCACCGAGGUGAUCUCCGGCACACUGGCCACGGUGGCAAAGUACCCGCUGGACUUCCUGAAGGACAGUGCCCGGCCAUCAUACUGGGUGCCAGACGACAUGAUCAGUGAGUGUGUGGUGUGCAGCGCAGAGUUUGGGCCGCGCCUCCCCCUCCACCACUGCCGGGCAUGUGGCCAGGGUGUGUGUAGCAGCUGCUCCCCAAACCUCCGAGCCGUGAAGGAGCGCGGCUGGGACCACCCAGUCAGAGUGUGCAACAACUGCAUCAAGUAGUAAACACUUGGUUUUUACAUUUUCAAAGUGAACGUCACCAAAUUUUUUCUGAAAUAUUGUACGUUAGAGUAAUAGAAAAGAAAUAUCCUCAGGAAUAUAUAAUUUUAAAAGCUCUGAAGUUUAUGCAGAUUAUUUUUUAUUUCUUGAAUUAUACCCAGGGGUGUGGAGUCGGAAUUGAGGAGUCAGCUACUUUUGGCCGGAAUCAGAGUCGGUAAAAAUAUGAGUGACUCCGACUCCUUUACGUGAUAAAUUUUCGAGUAAAGAUUCCACUUCAUGGAGAUUGGAGAUUCCUACAAAUUGGGAGAAAUUGACUUUGUGGAGGAUGUGUCCAAUCAAGCAUUAUAUAUAAAGAUAAUUUGUA